AUGGCAAAUAAGCCAAAUCAAAAUGAUGAUCUACUUGAUGGAAAUUAUCCACGAAUGAAUAUUUCACAAGCGGAAAAACUUGGUUUUACAGAUAUUGAUGAAUAUUUUAUGGGACAUAAACAACGUGGUACAGCUAUUAUUAUUAAUAAUAAAGAUUUUCAUCCAAAUACAGGUUUAAAUACACGUGAUGGAACAAAUCUUGAUGCUAGUCGAUUAGAAGGAACAUUUCUUGGACUUGGUUUUGAUACAGAAGUUUAUCAUAAUCGAACAGCAUUACAAAUAUUAACAAUUGUUGAACAAGCCGUUAAACGAGAUUAUUCACAAUGUGAUUGUUUUAUUUUUGUUUUGUUAUCACAUGGAGAUGAACGAGAUAUUAUUUAUGGUUCAGAUCAACCACUUAAUAUAAGUACUUUAACAGAACCAUUUAAACGAUCAGCUAAUAGUUUACUUGGAAAACCAAAGAUUUUUAUUUUUCAAGCAUGUCGUGGUCAACAAGUAAUGACAUCUCAUCGAAAAUUACCUAUGAAAGAUAAUAAUGAAGUCAUUAAUAUUGCAUCACAUAUACCUGCUGAAGCUGAUUUUUUGUUAGUUUAUUCAACAAUGCCUGGUUAUUAUGCUUGGCGAAAUUCUCUCAAAGGUUCAUGGUUUAUUCAAGCUCUAUGCGAUAUGUUACGUGAUCACGGUCAUGAAUGGGAUCUACUAAGAAUUUUAACUAAAGUUAAUCGUCGUGUUGGAAUGGAUUAUUAUUCAAAUUGUUCUGAUCCUUAUAUGAAUCAACGUCAACAAAUUCCUGUUUUUGUAUCAACAUUAACAAAAGAUGUUAAAUUAUUUCCUAAAAUAAAAUAA